AUGAUUAUAGUUUAAAGCAUUGUUGUGUUGCUUUCGUAUUGGAACACGACACGUCAUGGUGUUGAAAAUAAAAUUAAUAUUUUAGAAAUUACUUAUAUACAAUUCUCAAUAGUAAAUCUUCCAGUGAACAAAUUCUUUUCAACUUCUACAAUUAAAGGUCACAAUGAGGUUAUACUUUCUUAUAUUUUUAUUAGUGGCAAUACUCCAUUGUUCCUAUGCACCUCCUGUAACGCCCGAUAAGAAAGAACACGAGAAUGAAGCUGUUGAUGAUCUCGUCGAGUACACAGAGUACCACAGGUACCUUCAAGAAGUUGUACAGGCGUUAGAAAGCGAUCCAGACUUCAGAGAACGAUUGGAGAAAGCCGAUGAAGACGAUGUUCGCUCCGGUAGAAUAGCGGAGCAACUAGACUUCGUCAACCAUAAUGUCAGAAGCAAACUUGAUGAGAUUAAACGUCAAGAGCUUGAGAGGCUUCGGCAUCUUGCGACAAAGCAAUAUGAGCUAACGAACGAUCUCGACGUUCAUGGCAAAGUACCUUCAAAUGAACAUUUGGACCAUUCGAACCCUCACACAUUCGAAAUUGAGGACUUAAAGAAACUUAUACAGAAAACCACAGCUGAUUUAGAAGCCGCUGAUAAGAAAAGGAAAGAAGAAUUUAAGGAAUAUGAAAUGCAAAAGGAGUUCGAAAAGCAUCAAAAACUCGAAGCCAUGGACGAGGCUCAUAAGAAAGAGUAUAUGGAGGCUAUGAAAAAAGAAGAAGAGGCCAAGAAACAUCACCAGCCGCUCCAUCACCCGGGCUCUAAGCAACAAUUAGAGGAAGUAUGGGAGAAACAGGACCACAUGGACCAACAAUUUAACGCGAAAGCCUUCUUCAUGAUGCAUGAUGUCGACGGCAAUGGAGUAUGGGAUGCAGAUGAAGUAAAAGCACUAUUUAUCAAGGAAUUAGACAAAAUGUAUGGUCCAGGUGGUCCCAAUAAGGAUUUACAUGAGCGUGCUGAAGAAAUGGAACGUAUGAGGGAACACUUCUUCAAAGAAAAUGACCGCAACCAUGACGGUCUGAUCGAUUAUAAUGAGUUUAUGAUGGAAACGCAAAGGGCUGAGUUCAAUCAAGAUGAAGGUUGGCAACCAAUUGAAGAAAACCAAAUCUACACCCAAGAUGAAUAUCAAGCGUACGAACGUAGGAGACUUGAAACACUCCACUAUCUCCAACAACGCGGUUUGGUUGACGUACAUGGUCGCCCAAUACCUGGCGCUGAGCAUCAGAUACAUCAAGCGAUUAAAGAAUUUAGACAACAGCAAGAGAUUUAUCAACAGCACCAUGGCCAAGGACAGUACUACCCGCAAGGACAACCUCAGCAUGCUCCUAGUCAACCUCAAUACCAACAGUAUCCAGGGCAACAACAAGGACAAUAUCAAGGACAAGCUCCAGGACAAUACCAAGGUCAGGUACCUCAAGGUCAACCUCAGUAUCAAGGACAGGCACCUCAAUCACAGUUCCAAGGUCAAAUACCCCAAGGGCAACCUCCACAACAAUAUCAAGGACAAGGACAACUCCAGGGAAAGGAAGUACCUCAGGGACAGUACCAAGGCCAGGUUCCCCAAGGACACCCUCAAGGACAAUACCAAGGUCAAGUACCCCAAGGACAACCUCAGUACCAGGCAUCACCUCAAGUUCAACCAAUACAAACUCAACAACAAAAUGCCAAUUUAAAUCAAGGUCAACCAAAUCAGGUGCAACAACGACAGCAGCAGCAACAACAACAACAACAGCAACAGCAACCACCGCAGCAGCAACAACAACAACAGCAACCACCGCAGCAGCAGCAACAACAACAGCAACCACUGCAGCCACCGCAGCAGCAACAACAACAAGGUCAAUUGCCACCAAUUCAACAAAAUCAAGGACAGCCACAAAAUCCUCCAAAUGUAAUAAACCAUUAAUAAAACUCCCAUCGCUUGAAAUAUAGAUAUACGAUGUUUUAUAUGUUUAGUUAUUUAAGAAAAUAGACAAUAUUAUUUUCCUAUGUGUUGUGCUGUUUGAAAUGGUGCCAAUUUAGUCUAUUGCAUUGUUUCCACUGUAAUAAACAUUAUUAAACUGUUCUCCAUUUUGUCUAUACUAUUGGGAUUAUAGAUUUUAAUUAUAUCAAUGUGAUUGCA